AUGGCCGGGCACAGUAGUGUUGGGUUGGGGCAUCUAGCAGUCAUAUUCAUGGAGGAUGGAAGAUUCAUUGGAGAUAUCGAGAAUUCGAGGUCUAAUGUUCGAGCAGUAUCUCGAAGGCAUAUUCCAGACUCUUCAUUUCUUUACCUGAUUUCUACUGGUUCUAUGUUGGUUCCUAGAAAACUUCAGCAAACACUACCUAUGGUUCAGGCUAUUCUUGAAGAUGCACAGAAUCAGCAAGAAACUCAAAAGGCCGUUAAGCAGUGGCUAUUGAAGCUCGAGGACGUUGCUUAUGCAUCUGAGGACUUGCUGGAUGAGAUUUCAGAUGAAAUAUUUAAAUGUGAACGUCGAAGCAGUCGAGGCAAAGUUGUAAGUGGUUUAUUUCUGCCGUUUAAGCCUUCUGAUCAUCUUUUUGAUAUUGCUUCCAAGCUUCAAAAUAAGCUGAAAGAUUUGAAUGAGAUUGCAAAACAGGGUUUUACCUAUAACUUGCGUGUAGAAAAACGCUCAAGGAGUUUAGUCCGAAGUAAAGAAACAUGGUCGUCUGUGGUUGAGUCUAAAAUAUAUGAAAGGGAGGGUGAUAAACAAAAUCUACUCGAUGUUUUGUUACCUAACGACAAAGGCAAAACAGUAGAGUGUAUGAAACAAGCUUUUGGCGAUGGUCAAGAGGAUGAAAAUACUAAUCUUAUGAAAAUUGGCAAAGAAAUCAUCAAGAAGUGUGGAGGUGUCCCUUUGGCAGCAAAAACGUUAGGGAGCCUAUUGCGCUUCAAGAAAGAGGAUUAUUGGAUGUCCGUGCAAGAUAGUGAACUCUGGAAUCUCAAAGAAUGCCAAUGUGCCAUCUUACCAGCCUUAAGGCUGAGCUACGUCUAUUUGCCACCACAUCUGAAGCGCUGUUUUGCAUUUUGUUCAUUAUUCCCUAAAAAUCAUGAACUCAAUAAAGAAAAAAUGAUCUACAUAUGGAUGGCAGAAGGCUUGAUUAUACCAAAUGGGGAAAAUAGACAGCUAGAAAGCAUGGGCGAUGAGUAUUUCAACGAUUUGUUGCAUCUGUCUUUCUUCCAAGAAAUUGAGAAAUGCAAAAAUGUCAGCCAUGCAGUAUACAAAAUGCACGACCUUGUACAUGAUCUUGCAAGAACUAUUGGAGGGAGUGAGUUCGCAAUAUUUGGACAUGGGUCAGCACCAAGCGACCUGGCACGAAUUCGUCACUCAUCCAUCGUUUGUAACUUCGAUCCAUCUUCUUUUCCAAGAGACUUGUUUGAAGCCAAACAUCUGCGAACUCUCCUGUUUUGGUUUCCCGGAGGUAGCUCUGGUGACAUUCCUUAUUUUCUUAUCAUGAAAUUCAUAUGCCUGCGUGUCUUGGAUUUAAGUGGAUCUGGUAUUAAAAGGUUGCACGAAUCAGUUAGUGCUUUAUUAUGUUUAAGAUUCCUGGACUUGUCAAGCACUUCAAUCCAAACACUCCCCAAUACCAUUAGUGACCUCAGUAAUUUGCAGACUAUGAAUCUAUCAGGAUGCUGUUACCUUGUUGAGUUGCCUUUUGGGAUGGCAAAUGUAACUAGCCUAAGACACCUGAAUAUAAUGGGUUGUGAAGGGUUGACUCAAAUGCCUGCUGGAAUUGGAAAUUUGGUUCACCUUCAAACUUUGCCAAUAUAUAUUGUGGGAAAAAGGACAUGGGAAAGCAUUGCAGAACUUCAUUCUCUAAACCUUAGAGGUGAAUUGCAUAUAAAAUGCAUGGAAAAUAUCAGAGACGCAAAAGAAGCAAGAGAGGCAAAUAUGAGAGAAAAGAAACACCUUCAGACAUUGAGAGUUCAAUGGGGAAUUAGCAAGAAAAGUAAGGAAUUGUCGCCUACUAAAGUGACUUCUUCUGACAGUUCGUCAAGUUCCCUACCCGAGGACAGUAGAAAAGAUGUGGAAGACAUUCUUGAAUGCCUUGAGCCACAUGCCAAUCUGAAAAAUCUCCUUAUAAAAGGUUAUCCAGGUAUAGUUAUCCCAUGUUGGGAUCUUCCAAAUUUAGUUACUAUUGAGUUGAUUAACUGCAGAAAUUGUGUAUAUUUGCCUAAGCUCGGUCAACUUCCAUUCCUUGAAAGAAUUUCUCUGCAAGGAAUGGACAGUAUCAUAAGCAUCAAUGAGGGGUUUUAUGGUGGGGUCUUCCCAGAACCAUUUCCAUGUGUUAAAUUCUUGACAAUCAAGGAUUUCCCAAACCUAAAAUAUUGGUCCAACAUUGAUGGAGGAUUACCGUUUCCUCGCCUGGAAAAGUUAAUUUUGGACAAAUGUCCCAACCUGACUAAUGCUCCCACCUUUCCUUCUAUCCAGCAUUUAGAACUGCAUUAUUGCAAUGCAAAGAUCAUGGAAUCCUUGGAGAAUAUAACCUCACUUUCCAGUCUUGUAGUCGACAUGCUCCCCAACUUGAAUCAUAUUUCAGGUUCACUCCUUGGGUAUAAUAAGCAUCUGGAGUCUUUGGAAAUUCGAGCAUGCCAAAAUCUUCAUUUGCUUACUUCAGAGCUAGAGAAUCUGAUUUCUCUGAGAUCCCUGAUUAUUAGCUGCUGUGAGAAACUAUCAGAUUUGCCACCUGGAUUGAAAAAGCUUAAAAGACUUGAGCUCCUGGAGAUCAACGGCUGUCACAGUCUGAUCUUGCUUCCAGAAGAAGAAAUUGAAGGUUUGAAAUCCCUUGAAACCUUUUCCAUUGAAAAUUGCAGCAAUCUGAUUUCUCUGUCAAGUGGCUUCCACCAUCUCUCUGCCCUCGAGCAGCUGUCUAUAAUGAGUUGCCCAAAGUUAACUUCAUUACCAGAUAGUUUCAAGAAUCUCUCCGCUCUUCGUAGUUUAAACAUCAUUUCCUGCCCUGAGUUGUCUAAUUUGCCAUCGAGUCUACAACAUGCCACAACUCUGCAAAGUCUGGUAAUUCAUAGCUGUCCUGGUUUGACAACUUUGCCUGAAUGGUUUAGAGAACUUUCUUCUCUCAGAUCAUUGGCAAUUUCAAAUUGCAAGUAUCUGAUAUCAUUACCAGAAGCGAUACAGUCCCUCACUACACUUCAGCACUUAUCAAUCCAAGAUUGUCCUCACCUUGAACGGCUUUGCAAGAAGAUGAAAGGUAGAGAGUGGCAGAAAAUAAAGCACAAACUUCUGGCAUUGGUUAUCUAUAGAGAGGCUUUCCAUUACAAGGCAUCGGCCAAUAUUUUUUGCUGA